AAAUGGCCACCGUACACAUUAAUGGCCGCUCUACAACAUUGGCGUUUAGGUACUGUCUUUCUUCAUUCCAGUUCUCUAUGGUCUUGGAAGUGGGUGUCAGUAUGCUGCUGGAGGACUGAAGUGUGCUAGUCAAAGCCAGGCAUAAAGCCGUAGGUCGGGCAAGGAUGGCAGGCAUUAUCAAGCGGCAGAUUCUAAAGCAUUUGUCCAGGUUUACCAAGAACUUGACACCAGAGCAGAUCAACUUGAGCACGCUUAGGGGUGAAGGUCAACUGACAGACCUGCAGCUGGAUGAGGAAGCCAUUCAGAACAUGCUUGGCUUACCUACAUGGUUGGCUAUCACACGUAUUUACUGUAAUCGGGCCUCCAUCAGGAUACAGUGGACCAAGCUGAAGACUCAUCCUAUUUGUUUGAUGCUUGAUAAAGUAGAGGUUGACAUGAAAACAUGUGAAGAUCCUCGACCACCAAAUGGACCAUCCCCUAUUGCAGUGGCUUCAGGUCAGAGUGAAUAUAGCUUUGCAGAGAAGGUGGUAGAAGGCAUGUUCCUGGAGGUUGGUUGUGUCAUUAUCAAGAUAGAGUCCCGGACAUUCCAUGCAUCUCUGCAACUGUGGCAACUCGAAGGUUAUAGCGUCAGCCCAAAUUGGCAGAAAACUGAUCUGCGCUUCACCCGCCUCACUCACCCUCACAAAGGAGAAGUUCUUACCUUUAAAGAAGUCAUAUGGCAGACCCUUCGUGUAGAGGCUGAUGCAUCUGAAGACAGCGAGGAUGCUCCUAGCACCCCUUUGCGUCUGCUCACAAGUGGAGGACGUUUACAUGUUGCGCUAAAGAGAAGGAUGAAGGACUGUCUAGUGCUUUGUUCCAAGCUUACUCUUCUACUGGAUGAACUUUUAUGGGUGCUUACAGACUCUCAGCUACGGGCUUUACUGUCCUAUACAAAAUCUUUGAGUGAAGCUGUGCAGAAAUCAAUGAGGCAGAGGAAAAAUAGAGGAGAAGAGCAGGCUACAUCUUCUCCCACAGCUCCAUCUUUGUGGCCUCUUACUUCUUUACCUUCUACUGCAUCUAGUUUAGGUCAGUACUUUGAUAAGUUUGAUAUAAAGGAAACUUCUUAUCAUUUGUUGAUCUCGAGGCUGGAUUUGCAUGUGUGUGAUGAGAGCUCACCCAAGAGAACAUGCACAGUUGCAGGAGGUGCUAUUCAGCUCACCCUUCGUGGAGUUAUUCUGGACUAUUAUCCAUCCCACAGACAAGGGCAGAGCUUUUCUCACUGGCAUUAUGUUUCCCCUGCCAUUGGAACAUGUGAACAAUGGACACAGGAUCUUGCUAAGGAGAAACAGUCCCGAGAAGAACCAAACCUCACUGCAAAUGGAACAUCUCCUACAAAACAAAGCAAAAUGAGUACGUCUUCACCUCCACUAUAUUUCUUCUGUGUUCUCAUACGGGUAGACCGCAUAGACAUUCAUCAGAUCUCUUCAUCUGGUCAAGCUGCUCAGAAGCCCCCACUUCUUUCCUGUGGGCAUAUUCCUUACUCUUUCUCUGCCAUCCACUUGCAGUACAUGGAAUAUUACCAUCCUCCUGGAGAAAACGUUCCAGUGCCCUCUCCUGCUUUGUACAUUCAGUUACAUGGUUUGCUGCUCUGUCUGGCUGCACCCUCCAUUCUGUGGUUAAAUCAAUUCAUGUUGGAUAUGUACCACCACAUUCAUCAGUUUGCUGAAGAGCCUGAGAAAGCUAAAGAACAUAGAGAUAUUCGCCUUGAUGGGUUUAACUUGAAGCUGAAUUUUCCAGUGGUAAACCCUCUGUGCCAAGUGAAAGAGCGACCUCACUCAAUAUGUGCUCAUCUUCCUUUAGUUACGCUCACAAAUACCCGUCAAGGUCCUGGUUCCACUCUAAACCAUCUUCAGCAGUGCUUCCGUUUAUUUGCUUCAGAACCAUCUUUUCACUGCCCUCUGGGGCCCCUGCAUCCUAUAUUCCUAGCACAUGUUUUCCCUUCAUCAACUCCUCCAUCCAACUCCUUGUGGAGUUUGUACAGCCCAAGCUUAUCAUUGUAUUUUGAAGAGGCAACGUCUAAACAGCAGAUUGUCAUGUCAGAUUGUCUUCCUUUUACUGCCUGGGCAUGUUUGCUGCAUCCUGAACAAAAACUUCAGGUUCUUUUAAGUGUUGAAGGCCUGGCAAGGCUGAAACUUAAUCACUACCAAUACCUUACUUUGCUCCGUGCCCAAGAACAGCUUCGGGAUUUACUGGAGCAAAUGCAAAAUAUGGUACCUCCAUUUAAAGAACAGGGUUUAGCAAAGUCAGCACCUGCUCAUGUGGCUGUCUGUUUAGGAUUGCUGAUACCAGAGGUCAAAGUGUCUCUUUUACUUCCCUCUUCUUUUUCCUUGGCAAACCCUUCUGAGUCUGUGGACUCUGAAAAAAGCAGCCUGAUUUGUUCUGAACCGACAGAAGGGGGAAUAGGAAUUGGAUUGGAGAAAAUGAGGCUAAGCACUGUUUAUGUUGAGGGAGGAGUAGAUACUCAAGGAGCAAUGGAAGCAGGUGAAGAAAGGCAUGAGGACAGUGCAGUUCAGCAACUGAAGCUAACCCAAGAAAAAAAUGUUAUUCACACAAAGGACUCAGUCAGUCAAACAGUACAAGAAGAGCAAAUAUUUAGGGAAGCCGUUCAGAGGAAAGAGCAUACCCAAGGCAUUUUUCAGGGAAAGGAAUUUGUACGGGGUACUUUGCUAAGUACAAUUGGUCGGACACGGGAGACUCUGAACUUGGGAAAGGAGAAGAUGCAACACCUUCUGAAAGACACUAGACAAAAAGACAAAGAUGCACCUCUCUUAAGAACAGAGUCUCAACAAUCUCUUGAUAGAUUCUCAAUAGAAGGAUUUGAUGCUGUAUCUCUUGAUGGUGAAGCUAGUGAUGCUUUCUUGCAUUUACUAGAUACAGAAUAUUUAUAUGGUUCACAACAGACUGAAAAAGUAGCCAGUACUGGAAAAGACUUAACAGAUCAAGAGAAUGUAUCACAAAUUACAGAGGGACCUGAACCACAGCAGAUAAUGAGUCUCUCCCUUAUUGAUGUUAUCUGUAUUGCACGUGUGCAAGAGGAUGAUGUUUCUGUCACCCUCCAAGCAAUGAAACUCAGUUGUGGACCAAAAUCAGGGGAUAAUAAGGGUCCUUUGGAAGUCAAAAGCCCUACUUCCCCUGUAUCCAAGCCCCAUGUUUCCAUGCAGUUCAAUAUCGGUUCCUCUGUUGAUUUUCAGUCGCCUCUUGCCAAACAAAAUGGAAGUUUGCAGCUGUGGAUUCAGAAUUUUACCUCGGAACUCCCUGUUUCCUCCCUAACUCACAUUGGGCCAUUCCUAGAGGAUGAACAGCUCAGUGAAAUUAUGCCCCUAACGAUUCAUAUUUCCAACAGCAGCAUUUCACUCAGGGAUAAUGGGCCAAGUCUGUACUCUUCUUCGCUGCCCCCUCAACCGGUCAUAGUCAGUAUGCAAAAUAUCAAACUUCAUCGGAAAGAGGAUGGAAUCUUCUUUGUAACAGGGGAUGACACAAAUGCUGCCCCUUCUCUGGAUAAGGAAGAAGUAUCAGUAUUACCACAAAGCAAGGAGGAACUGCAAAAAGAACUAAUAGCUGCACAGAUCAAGCUCGACCAGCAGAAUGAACAGAAACUGAGGCUUCUUCGGGAGAUUUGGAAAUACGAUCCUAACUUUGAGCUUUGACACUGGUUGAUGUUGACAAAAAAAAAAUCUUACCCUUUUUUCUUUUAACCAUGCUCAAUAGUGUCUUCCAUGUUAUUAAUUCCCAUUCAGAGAAUGGUUUCCAGUAAGAAUUGGUUGUUUUAAAUGCUGGUGGUAAACUAAAGUAAGAACUACUGUUUGAUCCUCUGUGAUGGAAAGCUUGUGAGUAAAUCACUAGGUCCUGUUAGUUUUAGCUUUGUUUUUAUUUGUGCCAUGAAUAAGAAACUGUCAAGAAAUGCUGGUUUAUAUAACUGAAUUGUCUGUAUGAUAGGGUAAUUAGUGGACAUCACUGUGAUUAAAAGGAAAAUUAAUUAACUAAUUAUUUAUUUGAGUUCAAAACAAAAUGUUACAUGUGGAAAAACAUUUUAUUAAUAAGUAAAAUUUUUUUUUUUCAUUGUA